CACGAUGCGACUGCCGUGUCGGUCGUCGGACAUAAAAUACAUUCUUCCUUUUGCUGUUUUGGCCAUACUAAUUGUAGUUCAUGAAAAUCCGACGAAAAAAACACACCAAAAUUCAGGCCUAACAAACAUGACCGAAUCAACAAUGCUUCAGUUGCAGGAUUUGACGCCAAUCGUCGACAGUGAUGACACGAAGUCUAUUUUCGGCUCUUCGAAAGUUAUCUUUUUCAUCGAAUCUUCAGGUUUGGCCAAAUUGAGCCCUCGGCAGGCGUGCACCAUUGAAUCGGUGGCCAAACACUCAAAGGGUUACACAUUGGUCCUGCUUUACGUUCACCCUGUGCGUUUCAUAAAAUUAAAGGAGAACGUGGCACUGUAUGAACUACUAAAGGCGCACGGAAAUAUUAUCAAGGUUUUCACCAUCAGUGCGUCCCACUUCUUGACCAAAUUGACACCAUUCGGCACCACAACCAAAUCCAUGUUGGAAGAAUCACUGUUCAGAGCAAACCAUCUUAGCGACUUCCUACGGCUAAGUAUGGUGUGGAAGUUUGGAGGAUUCUACAUGGACCUGGACGUCAUCGUUUACCGCGACUUAACGGACAUUCUGAAAUUAGGCAAUUUCCUACUCACUCGCACAAAUAACUCCAUCGGCUCGUACUUUUUUGGUUUCGAACAGGCCAGUCCAGUGUUAAAAAAGAUGAUCGAACAAGUAAAAUUUGAGUAUGUACCGCAGUAUUACGCUUCUGUACCAAACGCGGUGGGGGCGGCUUUUAUCUGGAAGUUCAACACCUCUGUAGAAGCAUCCUUGGCCAAAGGAAAACUGGACGACGUCUUCAUUUUAAACUCUACUUUGUUUUCUCCACUUGGCAACUGGAUUACUUAUCCAGAUUUAUUUGACGAAAACAAAACGCAACUUGCUGAGGAUUUUCUCAAAAUCAGUUACGGAGUUCAUGUUUCGAGCUAUCAGAGUGCGCAUAAGACUAUAUUUAUUAAUUCCACGUCUCCAGUCGCAAUUUUUGCCAAAAACCAUUGUCCCAGGUCGUUUGAAUCAAGCAAAAGUUUGGGCUCAUUUUGAAGUUUCCAACAUUUCUAUGGUUUAAAUUUCAUGUACUUCAUAAUGGAUUAAUAUAACAGCAUGUUGGAUAAAAUAAUUUUUUAAUUCUAGCUUCACUAACUAAGUGUAAAAACAAAGUAUUAAAUAUCGGCAUAUUCUAUUUGGUAAAUGUACUGCACACACAAAAUCGAUGAAUGAGGAAUAAAUAAUUAUGCGGUAAUAUUUAAAAUAUUAUUGAAAAACAAUAAAAUUCCAAAUUUAUAUUUGUAAAAUGAAUUGUACAUAAAAUUAUUUUUAAGUGUUUGUGAACGUAUUUUAGUAGUGUGGGUUAGCCGCGGAGACCAAGCCUCUUUUGGUGUCUGGCGUUUUAGAAAACAUCUGCCCUUUCUUCUCUUUUAUAAAUUAUAAUAUGAUUUUUAUGCAAAGAGAAGAUAAGAUAAAAAAUUUUUGAAAUAAGGUUUGAACAAAACAUUUUUUAUUUGUUAUGCAUGCAAACCUUGAAAAUUGGUUUGGUUACAAAAACUGAUUAGAAAUUACAAAAACAUCAUCCCCUACUGUCCAAUGAACGUAAGUUUUUCCAUUUUUACCUAAUUCAAACAAAAGAAACUGAUGGAAAUUUCAAAGAGGAUAGAUUUUUCACGAAAAUAAAUUUCCUACUGAUCAAUUAUUCAAUUGGAUCUAAAUUCACGGGCGCCACCGAACAAUUAGGGUGCGUCGAACGUCUCAAAGGAGAAAUUGGCCGUGCUCGCUGCGUGCAAGAGGCCGAUACUCAUUUAUUUCCCGCAAUUACAGCUGCGAGAGAGAGAAACAGCAGCAAAUGCGCUCUCGCCGCUUGUUCUAAGUGUGUUUGGCCAUUUUCAUGCCAAAGCGCAAUUAUUGUCCGGCGGCUGCUACCCCAAAUUACAAAUUAGUUUCUCCGGAGAGAAAGAGAGGCUCAAGUCGGUGGGUUGUUUUGCUUGUGGGCUCGAGUGGGUGCCACUCACUCUCUUUCUCUUUCCUUUGCUCCUGAGCCUCUUUUCUUCUUUUCUCCCUCCUCAGGCUUAUACUUACAAGGGAACAUCACCAGUUUUUUUUACAAGAAUUUCAA